CGCCCAGGAAGUAACAAGUCGCGCGACCGCGCUCGUGCGCUCAACUUUCACCAAGUUUCCAAAGCGGACAGUUGGACGUCGCUUUAAAAAGCCUCGACGGUCCGUUCGGACCCCGACCUUAAUAUUUUCGGAGCUGCAUUUUAAUUAUAGACAAAUUACUCACUUUCAUUAAGGACUUAAGCGGACAGGAAAAACAUGCGGAUGUUAAUGUCACAACGUUGUUGGGCAGCAGCAGGUUUUGUGUCGCUACACUGUAUGUAACAAGAGACACAGUGAGUCAGAAGCCGCGCUGGUGUUGUCACGGUUUACGUCGUUAAUAACUGCACAGAGUUUAGUUAGCUGUCCAACAUACAUAUAGCUGCCUGCGGUUGUUUAAUUCCUGUCUGCUCCUCUUACACCAAUCUGCUUCGGACGCGCCGACAUGACGCAGCCGGACCUCCUCAACUUCAAGAAGGGAUGGAUGUCAAAACUUGAUGAAAACGGAGAGUGGAAGAAGCACUGGUUUGUGCUGACAGAUGCUGGGUUGAAAUACUACAGAGAUUCAGCAGCAGAGGAGAAGGAUGAAUUGGAUGGGGAGAUUGACUUGAGGACCUGUGUGAAAGUAUCUGAGUUUGAUGUUGAGAAGAACUAUGGCUUCCAAAUACAGACAAUGAAUGCGGUAUUCACCCUCUCAGCAAUGACUGCGGGGAUCAGGAGGAACUGGAUCGAAGUUCUGAGGAAAAGCGUGCGGCCCAUCAGCUCUCCUGAUGUCACACAGCUGCCAGACAACAGCAGUGACCAUUCCCACUCCCUCGCUCGCACGCCUUCAUCUCGCCACAACCCUUCCUGGCAGGGGCUUAAUGACCCCAGGUCAGGUGUCACACCCACCCCUUCUGCUGCUGCCGCCCCUCACCGGUUUGACUAUGUGGAGCUGGCGCCUGUGGGGGAGGCCGUUGGCAUGCAGCACAGCUCUUUGAGGGUGCCAGGGGAAGGUCAGAGCAGAGAGAAGGGUGUCGCCCCAACAUCUGAACAGAAGCAGCGACUGGAAGAGGAGAUUGAGAAAAAGUGGGCAGAGUUGGAGAAGCUUUCGCUGAAAAAGAUGAGCUCACUACCCCUGAUUGGCUCCAUAGGAGGCCAGUCAGCCAGUGAGACGCUACAGAGGGAGGUAGUGGCGUCUCUGAGGCAACAGCUGGACCGGUUGCAGAAUGGGGGAAGAGAAGGGGGGGUGGGAGUAAAGGGGGGGUGUCAUGGAGGGUCAGGGGCCCCUUGCAUCCGCAGCUUGGAAGCCAUGGAGAGAGCCCAUCACCAAGCACUGGCAGAGCUACAGAGGCGUCAUGAUCGGGAGGUACGGGAGCUGGAGUUAGAGCGGGACAGGCUGCUGCGAGAGGAGACCCAAGCCACUGCUCAGGCAAUGGAGGUGUUGAAGAAAGCCCACCGAGAGGAGAUGGAACAAGAGUUGGAGAGGAUCAGAAGAUUAGGUGGAGGAGAAGGAGUUACUGACACAGAGGUGCUGCAGAGACAGCAGCAAUCGGAGUGGCAGGCAUUGCAGAGGGAGCUGGAAGGCUUGUCUGAAAGGUACUCGCAGAAGUGCUUGGAGUUGAACCGGGCCAUGAAGAGCAAUGGGGAGAGGGAGCGGGAGAUGAGCUGCAGAGAGCAGGAGAUAGAGCAGCUGCGCAAGGAGAACCAGGAGCUGCAGUCUCGUCUGACUGAAGAGAUAAGUCGCUUGGGCUCCCUUGUGACAGUUCAGGGAUGUGGGAAGAACAAUCGUGAACAAAAUUCCUGUGAACUAGAGGUGCUGUUGAGAAUGAAAGAGAAUGAGGUGCAGUACCUUCACAAGGAGAUCUGCUGCCUGAGGGAUGAGCUGCAGUCUCUCAACAAGGAGAAGCAGGCUGCCUGUGAGCGCUAUAAGGAGGUGCACUCUGAGCUGAGCAUGAUGAAGAGCCGUAGCGAGCGGGAGGUGGAGGCUCUACGGGAACACCUUAGAUUGGCCAUGGCUGCCCUGCAGGAGGGCCAGCAGCUUGGGAACAGCCUGGACCACUGACAUCUGGAGAGGGGGUGGGGUAGGAGGAUGGACAAGUGCGCAUGGGAUAGGCUAGGAUGAGGGACAACUCUUACUCAAAAAUCUGAUUUAUAGCAAAGUCAGAUUGGUUUAGCUCAGAGCUUCCAGGAGAAGAGCAUGAAAGAAUAUUUUUAUUACAAUAUUCUCAACCCUUCUUCAACCAAGACAGGCAUGUCUCUCUCUCCUUUGGUCCUCACCUCUGAUCCAACUACUGUUGCUCUUUCUGAAACUGGAACAAGACAACUGGUGUACGGAGAUGCAGAAAUUACACAUGUGGUGCAAAAUUUGUCAGUAGCUUUUUUUUUUUUUUUUUUUU